AUGAACCCCUACACCCCCCCAACUAUCCCCGCCCACGCCGGCAGUCGUCGUCAGCCACGCGACAGCCACCCAACUGGCACCCCUGGCGCGGGUGACGCUGAGGAGUACGUCUCAGUCGACCACCCGACACACCCCGCUACGUCCAGGAUGAGCGGUGGUGGUCCCCUCAACCCCCGCCUCCUCGGCCAACCCCUCCAGGCGCGCCGCGACACGCCCUCGAGAGGCACGUCCUCCUCCGCACACGCCUACCCGCCCCCGGCGUCCCCAGCAGCCUCCCCAGAUCGACUGCCCGGCAGCUACCCACCAGCGCCUGCCGAGCCACCGUUCACCCCGGGGACCUCGCCACGCCCUUCCAGUGCAGGCAAGCAGGGGUGGCGUGGUCUGCCCGGCUCGUGGGGCGCGCGGCUCUCGGGCCUCCCCGGUGUGCGUGACACUACCCCGACGACGCCGACACGUGUGCGCCAGCCGACUCCGGCGACGCCGUCCCCCUCAGCACUCCUUGGCAAGUUCGCGCAGCUGGCGUCACCUUCGAACUCGUGGGGCUUGUCUAAGGGCCGCAGGAGCGACUCGGUGACUGCGUCCCACCAGGCCUCAGAGGUCGGCGAGUCGAGCACGGGUCGCCGACCGCAGUCCCCUCCUCGUCCCCCCCGUGACGUUCUCGCCUCGACCCCACACCCGAAAGCUCCCCCUUCGCUCACGCGCCGAGAGGGAGCUGUGGAGGCCCACCGUGGCCGCGGGUAUGCCUCGUGCAAGGACACGGAGGCAUGGGGAGCAUCCUUGGCCCACCUAGCGACGAUGGGCUCGACGGCGCGAUGGGCGACCUCCGCCGUACCUCAGGAGGGGGACGACGAUGGAGACCAAGCUCGUCCCCCACACGGAUCCACAACGGCCCACCAGACCCCGGAACCAGCCUUCGAGGGCCCGACCCACCCCACCUUCACCCUUGACCGGGACGGGGCCGGCAACUUCACCUUUGGGGUCGCGCGCGCCGACGACGAGGUGGCCUCUAUCCCCGACUCGGAGCCGGACGCCCAUGAUGUCUACGGCGUAGACAGCAUCCACAGCGCCGACUCGGUCGCGGUGCAGCGCGAGGGCAUCUCGGAGGGCUGGGAGGCGGUCGCGGACGAGGUGGCCGAGGAGGCGGCCGUUGACGACGAGUGGGUUGGUGGGGCUUCUGCUGUUGUGUCUGCUCGGCGCCGCGCAGAGCGCUCCAUGCACAGAGGUGGAAGUGAGGGGGCUAAGGAGGGUAGUCGGAAGUCUGGAUGGGGUGCUGGAGCCUCGGGUGGUCGUACGAGCGGCCGCCGUGGCUAG